CAGCAGCUAAAAACAUGUAAUUUUUACUACACAAAAUUUACGGUUUAAAGUAAGUGAUUUACUAUGUAAAUCUUGAAUUUAAAUUAUUCAUAACUUUUAUAUGACUGAUGCAACCAACAUUGUUUGAAAGCAACAUGGUGAAGACAACGAUUUCUUGAGUAGGCUAAUUUAACUGGAUGGAACAUAGAGUCAAGACAUAAAAGCAAAAUGCCUCAAGUAAACUGUGUGGUAAAAUAUUUAAUACACAUAACAAUCUUUGAGCAAGAGCUGAUCACAUUUUAUUAAUACACUAAUUGACUGUUCAACAUCUAACCAAUUCUACAAAAAUAGACAUAUAAAACCAGCAGAAUAAUUCAGAGUAGUAUCAUCUUGCCUGAUGUUAGAAAUCAGAAAUAUAAAACAUAAAAUGUUUAAUAUCACUAAAAAGCGUCUCCUUAACUGUCCAAUAUGUAGAAAAAUGUUUUCAACUAUAAGGAGUAUGAAGUAUCAUAUAUAUUUACACACAGGUGAGCAUCCCUUUAGAUGUUUGACAUGUGAGAAAACAUUUAUUCAAAUAUCUCAUCUAAAGUAUCAUUUGUUAACACAUUCUGGGAUGUGUCCUUACAAGUGCACUACAUGUGGAAAAUCUUUCAAAACCACCAGCCUUUUGAAGAUACAUGCAUUGGUUCACACGGGAGAUCAACCUCAUCACUGCCCUACAUGUGGAAAAUCAUUCAAAUCCAAGGGAGAUAUGAAUAAACAUACUUUGGUUCACACGGGAGAGCGACCUCACAAGUGCACUACAUGUGGAAAAUCUUUCAAAACCAGGAGCCUUAUGAAGAGACAUGAAUUGGUUCACAUUGGAGAGCGACCUCAUAAAUGCACUAUAUGUGGAAAAUCCUUCCGAAACAGCAGCAAUAUGAAGCAACAUGCAUUGGUUCACACGGGAGAGCGACCUCAUCAGUGCCCUACAUGUGGAAAAUCCUUCCCAACCAGCAGCCGUAUGAAACUUCAUUUAUUGGUUCACACAGGAGAGCGACCUCAUAAGUGCACAACAUGUGGAAAAUCAUUCCCAACCAACAGAAGUAUGAAGAGACAUACAUUAAUUCACACGAGAGAGCGACCUCAUCAGUGCCCUACAUGUGGAAAAUCCUUCCCAACCAGCAGCCAUAUGAAACUUCAUUUAUUGGUUCACACAGGAGAGCGACCUCAUAAGUGCACUACAUGUGGGAAAUCCUUCCAAACCAGCAGAAAUAUGAAGAGACAUACAUUGGUUCACACAGGAGAGCGACCUUAUAAGUGCACUACAUGUGGAAAAUCCUUCUCAACCAGCAGCUAUAUGAAGCUUCAUUUAUUGGUUCACACAGGAGGGCGACCUCAUGAGUGCCUUACAUGUGGGAAAUCCUUCCAAACCAGCAUAAAUAUGAAGAGACAUACAUUGGUUCACACAGGAGAGCGACCUCAUAAGUGCUUUACAUGUGGAAAAUCCUUCAAAUCCAAGGAAGAUAUGAAGAAACAUACAUUGGUUCACAUGGGAGAGCGACCUCAUAAGUGCUCUACAUGUGGAAAAUCCUUCAAAUCCAAGGAAGUUAUGAAGAAACAUAUAUUAGUUCACUUGGGAGAGCGACCUCAUAAGUGCUCUACAUGUGGAAAAUCCUUCCAAACCAGCAGAAAUAUGAAGAGACAUUCAUUGGUUCACACAGGAGAGCGACCUCAUAAGUGCUCUACAUGUGGAAAAUCCUUCAAAUCCAAGGAAGUUAUGAAGAAACAUACAUUAGUUCACAUGGAAGAGCGAUCUCAUAAGUGCUCUACAUGUGGAAAAUCCUUUAAAUCCAAGGAAGUUAUGAAGAGACAUACAUUAAUUCACACGAGAGAGAGAGAGAGCGACCUCACAAGUGGAAAAUUCUUCCAAACCAGCAGUCAUAUGAAGAGACUUAUGGAUAAUUAAUUCACACUAGAGAGGGACCUACAGAGUGCACCACAUCUGGAAGAUCCAUCACAAAUAUUUGCAAUAUGUUGU